AUGAAUGAAUUCAUCCGUGGAACAUGUGAAGAAAUGUGCCCCAAAGCGGAGAUCGACUUACGAAUCCGAGAGAAAUUAGUUCAUUUCUUCGAAACCGAUAUCGAGCGACCAGGUGUUCCGAGUCGAGACCGAAUGGUCAAAGAGUUUUCCCGGUCAGCAGCCGAUCGACGACAACCAAAACCAUGGGAGAUACGAACGCCUAGCAUGCUGCUAGAAACAGUUCACUACUUGUUGACUAUUGUGCUACCUGAUUCCCGGCGUCCGUAUUUCCAACGGUAUGAAUUUAUCUUCGACCGAAUGCGUGCCAUCCGACAGGAAAUGGUAAUACAAAAUCUGUCUGCCGGCGAAGUGUUACCGGUUCUAGAGCCGAUCGUACGAUUCCUUUGCUAUAGUGCAUUCCGUCUCUGUGAAUCUCCGAUCGCUGAAUUCGAUCCAAAAAUAUGUGCCCAACACUUGCAGGAGUGUUUGAAGAAAGUACUUCGUUGCUACGAGGAAAUUGAUCAAGACACUGCUGUUACAGAUUCAAACCGUUUUGAAAUGGAACGUCUGUAUCUUUCUUUCAACAUUGGCAGUCUAGAAGCAACACAAUCGGCCAUUACGCGAUAUGGUGCAAGUGAAGCGCAGCUACGGCUUCACAUUACCACCCAGCUGCAAUGCCACCGCGGAAACUAUUUCGGUGCGAUGCAAAACAUGUUUAAAUUCGCUCCACUAGAAGCAGCCGUUGCAUCGUUACAGCUUCCCUGGUUCCGUCGUCAGAUUCUGCUACAGUUCUCUAUCGCGUACCAAAGCCGGGUGCAAACGGUACCGCUCGAAUGGUUGGAAAGCAUACUCCAUUACGAGGGCAGCGAGCGCACGUGCCUGCUGGACGACUGCCGUCACUAUAACCUUCAGCUAGUGCAGAGAGACAAUGAGCAGCGGGCCGGACCCGGCAACCGUAACUGGACGGUGAAAUUCGAGAAGGCUCAGUUCGAUGCUCAACGAUCCGCGACAGUAACGCCAAUAGUCGUUUGUGAGAUAGCGCUCAGUGCCGUGUAUCCGCUGUACGUACCUUUUUUUCUAGAUCCGACCACGAAAGGUUUCUCCGAUCGAGGACGUAUUAGAACGUUGCCGAAAUAUUUCAAGGAUGUUGCUUGA